AAUAAUUGUACUGUACAGAGAUUUCAAUAAAAUGUGUAUUUUAAUUAAAUGUAGAUAUUUAAUAGUCUUUUUAUGGUAUUCUAUUACGAAAUCUCUUUUUGAUUGUACCGAAUGCUUUUCAAAUUAGAGCCCGCGCAUAACUAGCAAUAUGGCGAUCUAUUGGUCAUGAGAUCAAAGGUGCCGACACGGAGUGAGCCUACUGUUCUUUCCUAUACUGUGGCAUGGGCCUCGUCAGUCACCGUUAGGCCGUGUUUCCACUUGCGAGAAAACUUCUGCAAUAAGUGUCUGACAGACUGUCAGACAGCAACUAGCCAAUGUAAACAGUACUGCAAGUGAGAUCGCGACAGUUCCCAUGCGCUCGCAGCAAUUUGUCGCGAGAGCCGAUUACUUGCAGGUCUAAACACGUUCACAUCGACUCGCCGCAACUUCUCGCACAAUAGGACUAGUUCCGAAUAUCUCGCGCUCGCAAUGACACUUUUCGGUUUUGUCCACGAGUAAUUUUACAUUUCUUUCUGUUACUGUGUAAUAUAAGAGCUGAAAUAAGUUACUAAUGACUCUUGUGAGGUUGAUGCAACUUUAAUAUGAGAGGAAGAGAACUCGAAGAAGUCUUGCAGAAGAUACUUGCAAUGCCGUUUGCACUAGCAAGCAACUUCCCGCAAUAAGUAUCGCCAGAAAUGUGUCGCGCGGGAGACUGUCAGAGAAUACUGUCGCAACUUCUUGCAGGACUGUAUAGACAGGGUAGUUUGACCUGUUCCGAGAUUUCUCGCCAGUUUAGUUUCAAACACUAUGCCGCGCAGACGUGAACGUGUAGCAGCAGCAAUAAUGCUAUUAUUAAAUAAAAAGAAAAAAAGAUCCGUUUGGGUCCGACAAUGGAUUUCGAGACGACCUGAAUUCGGUUGCUUCCAUAAUUUGUUAAGAGAACUUCAAAUAGAAGACGGACAACAAUAUUUUAAUUUUAUUCGUAUGACUGCUGUGGAUGUGGAAAUUUUAAUGCAAAAAGUGGGUCACAUAAUUAAAAAAGAAGACACCCGGAUGCGAGAUUCAAUAUCUCCGAAGGAAAGGCUCAUCUUAACGUUAAGAUUUUUAGCAUCCGGAGAAUCAUAUCAUUCAUUGAUGCACCAUAUCUAAAAUUAUUCCGGAAGUAUGCAAAGCUUUGUACGAUACACUACAUGAGGAAUAUUUAAAGGUAAGGAAAGAGAAGGUUUUUAUUUAAGUAAAAAUGAACAUGUUUUAAAAAAGUCACUAUAAAAAAUGUUUAUUCUAACUGGUACAAGAUAGUCGUGUCUAAAGUUUGUGGUGACGAAUCGGAGGAGAAUAAUAUUGUUGAAGAUGUAGAGGCAUCCUCUUCAUCUUGUAUAUCUACAAUUGCU